AUCGUGAACUGUCAGUUUCGAAUUUGACAGAUCUCCGCAAUGUUUGCUACUUUGACAUUUGAAAAUUCCCUGUAUUACGAAAUCAUAGAAAUAGAAAUAUAACAUUUUCUGUAAGUUUCCGUCACAUAAUCGACUUCACGGCAGCCCAUGAUGUUGACCCAUAUACCAUUAAUAGAAUACAUUAGAUGACUUCAAGUUGCACCAACUCUGGAUAAGAAAAUUUUCAAUAUGAAGUUCACUACAGUCCCAAGAAUAUCAAUGAAUAUAUAAUCCCGAUGCCAUUCAAUAUAAAAAUCCGAAAAAAAAACGUACUACUGAUGAAUAAGACUUUAUCCCGACUAAACAAAAAUGGUGAGUGUCCCGGUACAUAAACCCAAAACGCUGGCGCGCGAUUUAAAUCGUGAUGUCACCGAUUUACUUAUGGGCGGUGUGUCAGCCAUGUUCGCUUCUCUAUUCACAAACCCUAUAGAGGUUGUCAAAGUAAGACUGCAGUUACAAGGAGAACUUAAAGCGAGGGGCGAGCAUGCUGUCUUCUAUAAGAACGUGCCCCAUGGCCUGUAUGUGGUCGGCAAAAAUGAAGGAAUCGUGGCCUUGCAAAAUGGACUGACUGCUAUGCUUGGGUUUCAGUUCUUUUUAAAUAUUUUUAGGUUAGGGUCCUUCCGAAUAGCCGAAAGAAGGGGCAUGCUCAAAGACUCAACGGGGCAAACCUCCUUGCUCCGAGGCGCCGGUGUCGCGGGCGUUGGCGGCGCCCUAGGGUCUAUAGCCGGGACUCCAUUCUACCUGGUGAAGGUUAGGCUGCAGUCUCAAGCAGCCAAGGCGAUCGCUGUCGGCCAUCAACAUAAGUGCAAGGGGACCACGAGCGCGCUUAUGGAUAUAUUUAGAAAUGAAGGUGUUAAAGGUCUGUUCCGCGGCGUUGGUCCUCAAAUCCCUCGCGGCAUGGCUGGCAGUGCCUCUCAGAUCCUAAGCUUCACGUACGCCAAGGACUGGCUGCGAGCUCACGACUUGUUCACGGAGUACCCUCUCAUGCUGUCCUUCUUCGGAGCCAACCUUGGAGGCAUCGUGAUGACGCUGUGUCUCAACCCCUUCGACGUUAUUGCUACUAGGCUGUGCAAUCAACCCGUCGACGCCCAAAACAAAGGGAAGCUCUACAAAGGUAUGAUCGACUGUGGCCUCAAAAUGAUUCGCUUCGAGGGCCCAAUGUCUCUAUACAAAGGUGUAGGAGCAAAUUACCUGAGGCUCGGACCUCAUACAGUGUUGCUACUCAUGUGCUGGGACAAGCUCAAGGAAAUCGACGAGUAUGCACGUAGUUAACACCUCUUUACAUAAACAAAGGAGUUCCCGCUGUAUUGGAGCUGCCAGAAUCAAAAAUUACAUCAAUUUGGUAGUUUUUUUUAAUAGUGAUUAAGCAUCAUUUUUUAUUGAUUGUAUGUAUAAACAUAACAUAAUUCUGUUUUUAAGGGAAAUGGUAGUGAAUUUUACUUUGGUUAUUUGAGUCAUCUCAUGGGCAUCGUAGGUCAAGUGCAAGUAACUUAACAUGUCCAAGUCACAUUCAAAUAUGAUAUUAGUUACUUGUGCAGCUAUUAUGGGUCAAGUACUAUCAGCGAAUAAUGGCUUGGAUGAUGAAUAACCGCUCAUAAAUAAAUAUACUAUUAUACACAGAAAACAAAGUCAACUAACGUGUGAAAAAUUGUUAGUUAACAUCAAGCAUAGAAUUUUCAAAAAAUCUAAUCAACGACUUCAGUGCCAAACAUAAAAAAAAUCGCUUGUAUUGAUUUUCUUUAAAAAAGUGAGGUGUUCAAAACAACGGCUUUUAGCCAUAGAAACUGAUCUUAAAAACUGUAAAAAGUAAA